GCGAGGAGUUCACUGUCUGAAGCGAAAGCUCUGGUAUUAUUUUUCUGCAAAAUGCUUCAAUUAUCUCGUAAGUUACUAGUUCCUCAGCCUUUGACAAUGCUUUGURCAAGAUCAAUGGGCAAAAUGGAUCAAUUCAAAUGGAAACCAAACAAGAAAAAGCCCAACAAAAAACCUAAAUUUUCAAUCAUUUUGAAAGAGAGURUCGAAGGACUKGGCAGUCGUGGUCAAAUGGUUGGCGUCGAACGAGGAUAUGCACGCAAUUACUUAAUUCCACAAGGAAAAGCAGCCUAUCCAACAAGAGAAAAUAUCCAAAAAUAUCUUACUUCAUCGGAAGAUACUGAACUAGAAGAUKCUGAAGUGAAAGUUUCAAGUCGAUUUCUGCGAUUCCUGGACCGACUURWUCUUCAAGUUGAGAGAAAGGAGGGGACUGAUUUUAUGAUAGGCGAGCAACAGUUAUGUCUUGAAUAUCGCAGGCAGCAUCAACUAGUAGUGCCACCUCAUUGCAUUCAAAUAGAUGAGCCUAUGACGUCAUAUGGAGAUUACACCAUUAAUGUUGCAGUAAGGGACAAUGUAAUCGUGCCUAUGAAAGUAACUGUGAARGCCUGGGAACCAAGGAUUGCAAAUCGCUGGAARAGUGUAUUAAAUCCUGACCAGCAACAAAAAAAUCUGGAGGAUUAAUKAUAAUUAAAACACUUGUUGAUGCCGUAA